GCAUGCUCUGUGUGAUGAAUUCCGAGCGUGGCUUGCUGCUGUGACCCAGAUCGAGCUGGAGCCAACUAUUGACAUCUCCUGUGCUAAAUAUGAAUACACGGAUGUCUUGCUGUGCCACGACGAUGAGCUGGAAGGUCGGAGAAUUGCUUUCAUCCUGUACCUCGUCCCGCCCUGGGAGAAAAGCGACGGGGGAACGCUGGACCUGUAUAGCACAGAUGAACACUUCCAGCCACAGCACAUCGUCAAGUCGUUAGUGCCUUCGUGGAACACGCUGGUUUUCUUUGAAGUGUCUCCAGUCUCUUUCCACCAGGUGUCAGAAGUUCUGUCUGAGGAGAAGUGCCGUUUGUCGGUGAGCGGCUGGUUUCAUGGCCCGUCAAUAGUCAGGCCUGCACGCCACAUCGAAGCUGCUGUGCCCAGGAGCCCACACAUCCCCUAUGAUCAUGAAAUCUUGUAUGAGUGGGUGAAUCUAGUUUAUUUGGACAUGGACUCCCAAGCUCAAAUCCAGGAGGAAUUUGAGGAGCGAUCGGAAAUUCUCCUGAAAGAUUUUCUUAAGAAAGAGAAAUACCAACUACUAUGUGAAGCUUUGGAGAGCAAAGACAUCCAGUGGAGUAGCCGGGGACCUGCUAAUAAAAGGCUCUACAAGACAGCAGAGGAAGACGGCCUCCCCGACAUCCUAAAGAAAUUCCUGCAGUUCUUACGCUCUGAGGCCUUGUUUUUACUGCUUUCCAACUUCACUGGCCUAAAGCUGCACUUCCUGGCUCCCUCUGAUGAGGAUGAAGAUGCUGGGGAAGGAAGAGCACCCAACACUGCUGAGCACAGCAGUCCCCAGGCUGAGCAGGCUGAGCACCACGCUCAUAGCAGCUCCCACCAGCCAGACCAGCCUGACAACAUCCCUGAAGCACCAGAGAGUGAGACACGGAACGGUUCGGGUGCCCCCAUGUGCGCAGGGGAGCUGAGGCACUGGACCCACGGGCACUAUACUCUAGUCCAUGAUACUCAAGCAACAGAAUUUGCUCUUGACCUGCUCUUCUUCUGCGGCUGUGAGGACUGGGAUCCAGAAUAUGGUGGCUUUACUUCCUACAUCGCUAAAGGCGAAGACGAAGAGCUGUUGACGGUGAAUCCAGAGGAAAACUGCUUGGCCUUAGUUUAUAGAGACAAAGAAACUAUGAAGUUUGUGAAAUACAUCAAUCAUCGUAGCUUGGCAUGCCUGAAAAAGCAUCCGAACAGAACAGGAUUUUGGGAUUUUUCUUUUGUCUAUUAUGAGUGAUGGUGCAGAGCGCGAGCAUCGUGACACAGAAAAUAGUGGUGGGGAGGGGUGGGGGCAGG